AUGGACCUCAAGACCAACACUGUUGUGGAUAUCCAGUUGGUUCAGAGCAAUGAGGUGGGUAGUAGCUUCCACAUGGAGAAAGAGGGCCUGAAGAGGAGCCUGACACUGUUGGAUGCACGUGGUGUGACUCUUGACUGCAUUGUCACCGACUGUCAUCCACAAAUCCAGAAGUUCCUCAGGAAGAGCAAAUUUACCCACGAUGUCUCGCUUAUGGAGAAAAGAAUUUUAAAGAAACUGGAGAAGAUCAGUAAGCUGAAAGGCUGUGAAAAGCUCCAGAAGUGGAUGAGAAGCAUCAAGAACCACAUGCACUGGACUGCAGCUUCCUCAGCCACUGGGCCAGAGAGAGUGGCAAAGUGGACCUCAAUCAUCAACCAUAUACAAGACAUCCAUACACAUGAAGAUCCUCAUUUCCCCCAGCGUCAGCACCCACUGCACCAGACAAGGGAUAAGAGGAAAUGGCUUUCAGCAGGAACUCCUGCCUUAAACAAGCUGAAGAAGUUGCUGAUGAACAAAAGGACUCUAAAGGAUGUGGCAAAACUGAGCCCCCACCACCAGACUUCAUCUGUGGAGGCUUUCCACAGCGUCAUCCUUCGUUUUGCCCCAAAGAAUGUUCUUUCCAUUUCUUGGAAUGCUGUGCAGACUCUACCUGGCUGCCAUGUACUAUAAUGAAAACGCUGACCGAGCACAAUGCCAAAGCAACAAAGGCGAACCACUCUUCAAGGUCCAUUUCCCAAAAGCCAUGGAGGGAGAAUGCAGGGCUAAGCCAGUUAAGACUGAACCAACAUUCAAAUAUGUGGCUGACAUGGUGGACCUCAUAUUUGAAAAGGUCUCUGUUGACCCGACACAGUACACAGAUGCUGUUUUGGCCAUCCCCAUUCCAGAGGACCUCAUUGCACAGUUGGAACAGCCUGACAGGGAGGAGGCCAUUGCCAGCUAUGUGACUUCAAUCGAGGGGCGGUCUGAAACCUGCGUAGUGGCUUUGGGCGUCAGGAAACUCCGUGCAGAUGCGUAGGACCGCACAGGCCGGGAUGACUACCCGGAUUCUGUGACCAAGGAAGCCCCAGCACCAGCUCCCAAAACUCCCUGUGGGCUAGAUGAUCCUUUAACUUUGAAAAUGUAUGUCAAAACAGUCCUUUGCCAUUAAAAAAACCCAAAUAAGAUAUUUAAAUAAAAGAAGAUACAUCUGAUAA